AUGCAAACUGUCGAUAGCUCAUCAACCGCAGUAAAGCCAAACGUAGAAAUGGUUGAUUCAUCAGUAGAUGCGCGUCCCCAAAUGAGCGAUUUUCAAACAUCCACAAAAAUUAUCGAAACAGAAGAUCAGGUAUCAUCUAAAGAUUGGAUUCAAACAAUUUUUAAAGACAAGCCUAAUUGGACAAGUCUUACUUAA